AUGGAAAAAUCCGAAGUGUGCCUAAGCCACCCCCCAAAGUCCAUUCAUGGACAGGCAAAACAAGAAGAAGAAGAAAAAGAAGAAAAGCAUGAUAAGCAAGCCUAUAUUCUGCAAUUACCAGACCACAUUAUAGUGGAGAUCUUCUGCAAAAUCCCAACCAAAACGCUCAUCCUGUGCCAAUGUGUGUGCAAGGAUUGGCAUCGUUUCCUCUCAGAUAUUGAAUUCAUGAGGGGUCUAUUUUCACGAACUCAUACUUGCCUUUUGGUCCAAGGGAAUCCCCAAAUACAGUGCCCAUGGGGAUGGCAGAUUAAACACACCCACUUCUUGGUCGGCCUGAAGCACAAGUGGAACGGAAACCAUGUGGCACUGAAGCUUUGUAGAGACCCAAUUUUCCGAACUGGAGAUAUACAUAUUGUGAGUUCAUACAACGGUUUGCUUCUAUGCGAAGACAGGUUGAUGGGAUCGGUGAGUCUUUACAUAUCCAAUCCCAUUACCGCUGAGUCUUUAGCUAUUCCUAAACCUUCGAAAAUCCGUUUUACAAAUUGUUAUUCUGGCUUUGGGUUUAGUCCCAUCAGUGAUGUCUAUAAAGUUGUUCUGAUUAAUAAGCCAAACAAUGAGUCCAAGGAACCGGGGGCGAGGGUUCUCACCGUUGGUUGUACUACUUGGAGAAUCAUCGAAGGUUUUGAGAUUUUCGCAUUAUCAUAUGGUACUCAUCAUAAUGGAUUUAUUCAUUGGUUAGGCCGGCGUAUGGAUUCUCUCGGGAUCUUUGCUUUUGAUGUUGAAACUGAGCAUUUCCAGCAAUUUCCACUACCCCCUUGUCAGUUUGAUAUGGACAAUGUGCCUAAUUAUAAGCUUGGAGUCAUGAAAAGUUGCAUCUCUUUGACUGUUCAUUCGCUUAAUAGUGUAACUGUUUGGAUGAUGAAGGAGUAUGGCGUUAAGGAGUCUUGGACCCAAGAGCUUGAAAUUUGCAAGAACUCGGGUGACUGUCGUUCAUAUUAUUUCAAAUCGGUGAACUUUACCGAGGAAGGAAAAGUAUUGAUACUAGGUAGGGACGGAUGUUUGCGAGUUUAUUUUCCUAAUACAGGGGGCUUUGCGUGGAUUCAUAUCGAUGGGAUAUCAUGGAACAGUGGCGCACUUGUCCACGUUCCAAGCUUUGUUUCACUUAAAGAUGUUAUCAGAGGUUAG